GACUUUGGAAACUGGUGGAGCUCCGCUCGCAAUGCGUGCCUCCCCCCGCACUACUUUAUCCCCAACCCCUUUCCCCUUUCGACUCAACGUCUCCACCACAAAACAAGCCCCAUCGUUGAGCUCGCUGUAACCUAACGGCCGCGCCAUGCGACCAGAGCACAAGCAUCCCCACCAGCCGCCGCCGCCGCCGCCGCCGCAGCAGCAGCAGCAAUGGAGAGUCAACCUCCACGCGAGGUCCGGGAACUUCACCGUCGAGCUCACGGCCACCACGCCGGUUCCGACCUGGCGGCCCCGCGACCCCCAUCGCCUCUCGCUCUUGCUCAGGCUCUGGAGCUUCGUCCUCCGCGUCCAGUCGGACUGCGAGACCGAACUUCCGAGGCGACGCUGGCGGUCUCUCGGAUCCAGAUUCCUCGGAGCUCUCGAGAGAAUCCGAGGAUUCCGAGCCCAGAAACGAGCCGUCGCGACGCUCGAAGCCGAUAAGGCUGAGAUCGGGAUUACUCGGCCGUACCUCGUCCUCGUCCUCAUCUCCGCGUUUCUUCUCGGAGCGGUCUCGGCCCGCCGCCUGGACAAGAUCGGUGCGGGCGCCGCGGCGGCGGCUUCUUCGAUGAUCCUCGCUCGCGCGUCGAAGAAAUUGUUCGCGAGCUUCGCGGUGGUGCUGUUGGGUCUGUUGAGCGUAGCUCGAUCGUCGUCGUCUCGAGCGCUUGAUCUGGGGAAGCACGCGGACUUCGCCGGAGGCUGGGCGCCGCGAGGAAUCUUGUGGAAGAUCUGGAAGAGCGCGGCGGCGUCUUGGAACUCUUGAUCGGCCCGAAUUUGAUGGGGUUGGAUCAGGUGAAGCGAAAUCUCAGGCACUGUGAUUCAUUUCGAGAAGCGUCCUCCGCCGCCUGCCGCCGCCGCAGCACAGGCCGGUACGAGUUAGAGUAGAGCCGGAGUAGUAUCUAAACGAGCCGAAUCUACGUCGCAGACGAACCGAAGUAGGCGCUAACCGGCUCGGCCGAUCGCCUACAUGUGGUUCUCGAUGGAAUACGGUCG